GGACUUUCAUUUGAUCUGCUUUGGAGGACCAUAACGUCGCCUAAUCAUGGAGCGCACAGGGAAGAUUUUCUUCUACGAGGACAAGAACUUCCAGGGCCGUUCCUUUGAAUGCAGCAGCGACUGUCCUGAGCUCAGCUCCCACUUCAGCCGCUGCAACUCCAUUCGAGUGGAUGGUGGGACCUGGGUCAUCUAUGAGAGACCCCAGUAUAUGGGCUACCAGUAUGUACUGUUUAAAGGGGAGUACCCCAUCUUCCAGAGCUGGAAUGGCUUCAGUGACACCAUCCGUUCCUGUCGCCUCAUCAGACAUCCACCCAGCACGUGCAGGAUCCGCAUCUAUGAACGUCCGGACUUCAGCGGCCAGAUGAUGGAGUUCAACGAAGACCUCUCUGACCUGCAGGACCGCUGGCGCCAGCACGAAGUCCACUCAGCUCACGUCCAAGACGGGCUCUGGAUCUUCUACGAGAAUCCAAGCUACAAGGGACGGCAGUACCUGCUGGAAAAAGGUGAAUACAGGCGCCAUUCGGAGUGGGGGGCCCUCCAUCCGGCGGUCGGCUCCAUUCGACGUGUCGUGGACUUAUAAACUUCCUCUUCAGCUUUGUGAUUCCCUUCUCUUAUCUUUCACUUCUAAACCUUCAUACUAAUAAAAUAUAGACAAACUGCAACAGAA